AUGGCUUUUGAAAGUCUGAUUAUUCCAUUUUUAAUGUUCCUCAGCAAAGCUACAACUGAAGAGCUGUGCCCCUUGCGUUGCUCCAUUGAUGUACUUGAAGGGGAAUAUUUUUUCCUUUGCUUCCCUGGAUCAAUACGAGAUAAUCUUCGCAGUAAAACAUACACAGUGACCUGGUUCAAAGAAAAUGAAGGAAAGAUUAAUUUGAUCCAAGAAACACACAGACUUGUUUUAAAUGGGAGAUUUCUGGAGUUUUGGCCAGCUGAACUCAGUGACCUGGGGAAUUACACAUACAUACUCAGCAAUGGAACGUACAAUGUCACAUCACAAAAGUGGUCCCUGAAUGUACUCAAAAGAAGUAAAGACAGUUGUUUUAACACAAAUCAUUUAUCCAGGCAAGUUAAAGCUGCUGGAAGAAGUUAUACAUUGAAAUGCAAUCCUGUGCCCCACAAUAAAAAUGUCACCAUAACGUGGUACAAGAACUGUAACAUCUAUAACUCUACAAAGGAGGAGGAACUGCAUUUUCCUAGUUUAACAAUUGAAGACUCUGGGAAUUACACAUGUGAUGUUUCAAUUAGUCAUGCUGGAAAGGCAUUCAACGCCACAAGUACAAUAGAGCUGAUGGUGAAAGAUGAUGCAGCUGAAGUUGUUAAAUUGGAGAUAAUUGAACCUGGAGAAAUUUAUGUUGAAACACAAAUAGGUAAAGAGGUGAUACUCAACUGCACAGUUUUCUUGGGUUACUCAAAUGCUGCCACGCCAAUAUACCUCCUGCGCUGGAUAGACAAUAGUUUAAAUUCAUGUUCAGAGAACACUAAGAAGGAACAAUCAAUAUGUGAAAAGGAAUAUAAUUUUGAUUCAGGAAACAAGAAGUAUGCCUCAAAACUAUUGUGGAUUAAAUCAGUUAAAGAGGAGGACCUGAAUUGUAAUUAUACCUGCCUCUUGAAAACUACAAAUAAGCCACAAUUAAAAAUAUUUAAACUGAAGAAAGGGAACCCUCCAGAUCUCCACCCACAUGUAUUUACUACUGGAAUAAUCAUGGCUGUAUUCUUUUCACUUGUUCCUGUGCUCCUGGUGGUUCUCUCUGUGAUAUUCAGAGUUGACUUAGUUUUAUUUUACAGGGACAUCACUGGAAAAGAUGACACAAUAGGAGAUGGAAAAGAAUAUGAUGCUUUUGUGUCUUAUCUGAAAGACUCCAUAUCUACCAACGUAGAAGAAAGAAAAUUUGCUCUGGAGAUAUUGCCCAGGACAUUAGAAGACCGUUUUGGUUACAAAUUGUGUAUAUUUGAGCGGGAUGUGUCUCCUGGAGGAGCUGUUGUUGAUGAUGUCCAGUCAUUUAUUGACAAAAGCAGAAGAUUAAUCAUUAUACUGAGCCGGAACUACAUUUCUGACAGAGUCAUGUAUGAACUUGAGACUGGACUGCAUAAGGCACUGGUUGAAAGGAAGACUAAAAUAAUAUUAAUUGAAUACAUGCUUAUAAGUGAUUAUAAUGUCUUGCCAAAAUCACUGGAGCUUCUACCAUCCAGGAGAGUUGUGAAGUGGAAAGAGGAUAAGUCUCUUCCCUUGAAUUCCAGAUUUUGGAAGAACCUUCGGUACCUGAUGCCAGUGAGAGCUUCCAAGUCAAACAUCAGAAGUCACAAUAAUUCUGAGUCCUAUCUCAGAAGAAGGAACUCAAGCAACAGCUGUGUGUUGGGAGUCUAA